AUGGGUGAUGGCUACAUAGAGAGUGACGAAGAAGGGAUUGGAAUUGCAACUCGGAACAAAUCGUAUUGGACACUUUCUGUUUACGAACCUGGUGUUGAGCAACAUCCUGCGCCGGGGGCAGGCUACCGGAAGGAUGAGGGUGGUGAAUGCUGGAAAAUGCCACGAUACGUGGCAGGCCUAUAUGGCCAACGCAAGACCGCUAAUAUGCUCUUCUCCGUGGUUUUGCCGGCCAAACUGGGAGGAGAGGGCCUGCAAUUAUUCAGUCUCUAUCCUGGAAACAUUGUAACUGAGAUCGAUAUUGAGCCUUGA